AUGGCAUCCGGUCAUGGUGAUGUCCGUCCAUCUGAAGACACGUUCAUAAACCCAGAACACUCAGGUCAAGACCAUGGCAAUGGCAAUGAACCUCAUCAGCCAGACAUCGCUCCCUUUCAUCAUCAGGUCACAGGGUCUCUGCAUGAUGGCUCAGACACGACUGACGACUCCAUAUCGGAGAGAUCUGACUCCAGGUAUCUGCCCCUUAGAGCAGCCCCUACCGCUGAGGAUAAACGCCCAGUGCUGGAAAAACGCAAAAGCAUCCAAACUGAGGACGACCUUUUCAAAGUCUUGUCUCAACGCCGAACGAACACGUCCGUCAGAUCUGAGUCUGAUCGUGGAGAAGAAGAGGACCAGAUCGAACGCUUGAUGUCGCGGAUGUUUGGCAAAGCCCGCCAGGCUCAAAGUGAAGAAGAAAAGACCCGUCACAGUGGCGUCGUUUUCCGUGACCUCACCGUCAAAGGUGUCGGUCUAGGCGCAAGUCUUCAGCCUACCGUGGGCGAUAUCUUCAUGGGUCUACCACGUUUGAUCAACAGAUUCUUCACCAAAGGGGCGAAGGCUGCUGCAGCAAAACCGCCCGUACGAGAACUUCUGAGUCACUUUGACGGUUGUGUCCGACCGGGACAGAUGUUGCUGGUUCUUGGAAGACCAGGUGCAGGCUGCUCAACCUUUUUGAAGACUUUCUGCAACCAACGGGAGGGAUUUGAGGCCGUCGAGGGAGAAGUCACCUACGGCGGCACCGACGCAAGGACGAUGAAGAAGAAUUUUCGCGGCGAGAUCAUCUACAACCCUGAAGAUGACUUGCAUUAUGCCACCUUGACCGUCAAGCGAACGUUGACUUUUGCCCUGCAAACUCGGACACCUGGCAAAGAAUCAAGAUUGGAAGGAGAGUCACGCGAAGAUUACGUGAGGGAAUUUCUGCGUGUGGUGACCAAGUUGUUUUGGAUUGAGCACACGUUGAACACUAAGGUAGGAAAUGAAGCUUCUGUCCAAGGGUGGGAUAACUCCAGUCGAGGCCUCGACGCCAGCACUGCCCUGGAGUACGUCCAGUCUAUACGAGCACUCACCAACAUGGCCGAGACAUCCACUGCGGUCUCUCUGUAUCAGGCUGGCGAGUCUUUGUACAAACUAGUCGAUAAGGUGCUUCUAAUCGAUCAAGGCAAGUGUUUGUAUUUUGGUCCUUCGGACGCUGCCAAACAGUACUUCAUCGACCUAGGCUUCCAAUGCCCGGAACGAUGGACAACUGCAGAUUUCCUCACUUCCGUGACAGAUGAACACGAGCGAUCGAUCAGAAAAGGCUGGGAAGAUCGUAUUCCCCGGAAUGCAGACGAGUUUGCCGAUCUCUAUCGGAAGAGUGAGGCAUAUCAGCGAAACCUGGAAGACAUUACAGAUUUCGAGUCUCAGUUGGAGGGACAACGACGAGCUCGGUUGGAGCACUCGUCCAAGAAGAACAAGAGAAAGAACUAUACUGUCUCCUUCCCCAAGCAGGUCAUAGCGUGUACUCAACGGCAAUUCUUAGUGAUGCUGGGAGAUAGGGCUUCCCUGAUCGGCAAGUGGGGAGGUAUCGUUUUCCAAGGCUUGAUCGUCGGAAGUCUAUUCUUUCAGAUGCCCAAGACAGUCCUCGGCGCAUUCCCUCGUGGCGGUGCCAUCUUCUUCGUCCUCCUUUUCAAUUCUCUGUUGGCAUUGGCUGAGAUGACCGCGGCAUUUUCCUCCAAGCCAAUUCUCCUGAAGCACAAGUCUUUCUCAUUCUACCGCCCGGCAGCUUACGCAAUUGCUCAGACUGUCGUCGACGUACCCUUGGUUUUCAUCCAGAUCGUCCUCUUUAAUGUGAUUAUCUACUGGAUGGGUGGUCUUGCGCCCAGUGCCUCCCAGUUCUUCAUCUCAUGUCUGAUGGUGUUCUCGACGACAAUGACGACUUAUGCUUUCUUCAGAUCCAUCUCGGCUCUCUGCAAGACACUGGACGAUGCCACUCGGUUCACAGGAGUGUCUAUCCAGAUUUUGGUUGUUUACACAGGCUAUCUCAUCCCUACAAGCCAAAUGAAACCAUGGUUUAGUUGGCUUCGCAGGAUCAACUGGCUCCAGUUUGGGUUCGAAGCAUUAAUGGCCAACGAGUUCACUGGAUUGACCAUGGAUUGCGUCCCGCCUUAUUUGGUUCCCUUGGGCCCCAAUGCCAGCCCUCAGUACCAGUCAUGUGCACUAGAAGGGAAUGAACCGGGCCAGACGACCGUGGACGGUUCAAGAUACAUACAAGCAUCUUUUGAAUACUCUCGCUCUCAUCUCUGGCGAAACUUCGGCCUCAUAUGGGCCUUUUUCGCCUUUUUCCUGGCGGUGACCGCUUUCGGGAUGGAGAUCAUGAAACCCAAUGCUGGUGGAGGCUCAAUCACCAUCUUCAAGCGUGGCCAGGUCCCCAAGAAACUCGAGGAAUCUAUCGACACCGGUGGCCGAGAGAAGAACCGGAGUGUUGAUGAGGAAGCGGCGCCUGCUGGGAAAGCGACGGCGAUUGAUGGGGAAAAGCCAACCAGUCCAACCAAUCAAAGCAGUGAUUCGACAAGCACGAAGCGAGAUGACUCUCCGAUGGACCAAGUGGCCAAGAACGAAGCCGUCUAUACGUUCCGCGACGUCAACUAUGUUAUUCCCUACGAAAAAGGCGAACGAAAACUACUCCAGAAUGUCCAAGGAUUUGUCCGUCCAGGCAAACUCACUGCAUUGAUGGGUGCUAGCGGAGCAGGAAAGACUACAUUACUCAAUGCCCUGGCCCAGCGUCUGAAUUUUGGCACCGUGACUGGCGAGUUUCUUGUCGACGGCCGCCCACUGCCUAAGUCAUUCCAGCGCGCCACCGGGUUUGCCGAACAAAUGGACGUCCAUGAACCUACAGCCACGGUGAGGGAAGCGUUGCAAUUUUCGGCUCUCCUCAGACAGCCUCGAGAGGUGCCGGUGGAGGAGAAGUAUGCAUAUUGCGAGACGAUCAUCGAUUUGCUUGAGAUGCGCGACAUUGCGGGCGCGACCAUCGGAAACCCCGGCGAAGGUCUCAACCAGGAGCAACGUAAAAGGCUGACCAUCGGUGUCGAGCUGGCAAGUAAGCCUGAGCUGCUGAUGUUCCUGGACGAACCCACUUCAGGCUUGGAUUCCGGAGCGGCGUUCAAUAUCGUCCGAUUUCUACGCAAGCUGGCCGAUGCGGGCCAAGCGAUUCUGUGCACCAUCCAUCAACCUUCAGCAGUCUUAUUCGAGCACUUUGAUGAACUCCUGUUGCUGAAAGCCGGUGGUCGAGUAGUAUAUCAUGGCCCCCUAGGUCAUGACUCGCAGGACUUGAUUCGCUACUUCGAGGAGAACGGUGGGCACAAGUGUCCACCAGACGCGAAUCCGGCAGAAUAUAUGCUCGAAGUGAUCGGCGCAGGUGACCCCAAUUACAAAGGCAAAGACUGGGCCGAUGGAUGGGAACAAAGCAAGAACUACAGAGCCCGAUCCGACGAGAUCUCCGACAUGAUCGAAAAGCGGAAGAGUGUCGAACACAGCAAAAACAUCCGGGACGACAGAGAAUAUGCCAUGCCACUCUCCAUCCAAACCAAGGCGGUCGUCCGGAGGUCGUUCAUCUCGUACUGGCGCACUCCAAACUACAUUGUUGGCAAAUUCAUGCUCCACAUCAUGACGGGUCUCUUCUCCUGCUUCACCUUCUACCACCUGGGAUACGCAAGGAUCGACUUCCAAUCCCGACUGUUCGCCGUCUUCAUGACCCUGACCAUCAGUCCUCCCCUCAUCCAGCAACUGCAGCCGGUAUUUCUGAAUUCCCGCAACAUCUUCCAAUCGCGCGAGAACAACGCCAAAAUCUACAGCUGGGUCGCAUGGACGACAGGAGCCAUCCUCGUCGAGAUCCCCUACUCCCUCAUCGCCGGCGGAGUCUACUACUGCUGUUGGUGGUGGGGGAUCAGCGGCUACCGGGAUUCGACGUCGAGCUUCACCUCCGGCUUCAUGUUUCUGUGCAUCUGUCUGUUUGAGCUGUACUAUGUGAGCUUCGGGCAAGCGAUCGCCUCGUUCUCGCCCAACGAGUUGCUGGCCAGUCUGUUUGUGCCGCUGUUCUUCUUGUUCGUCGUCAGUUUCUGCGGCGUCGUCGUGCCGGCUCAACAACUCCCGACCUUCUGGCGUUCGUGGAUGUGGUAUCUCACGCCUUUCCAUUACCUUUUGGAAUCCAUGCUUGGGGCCUUUGUCCACGGCCAACCCGUCCGAUGCAACCAGAACGAAUUCGCGCGCUUUAGCCCUCCGCCCGGCCAAACCUGCCAGUCCUACGUCGACCCAUAUAUCCGUCAAGCCGGCGGCUACGUGCAGGUCGGCUCCGACGGCCUGUGCGAGUUCUGCCAGUACGCCACCGGCGACGAGUUCGCGAGCGGCUUCAGCGUCUUCUACGGCCAUAUCUGGCGCGACUUUGGCAUCUUCUGCGCCUUUAUCCUGUUCAAUUUCGCCGUCGUCUAUUUCGCCACGUAUCUGCGGUUCAAGGCGAAGAAUCCGGUCAAGGCGAUUCUGUUGAAGAGGAAACAGAAGCAGCAGACGUGA